UUUGUUCCCUGAACGCUUUCCGUAGAGCUCUGGAGGACGGGAAUGAAGAUGGCAGCGUCCCAGUCUCUGGCUGGAGGAGUGGAGAGCUGGGGCCCUGCUCCUCAUUGCGCCCUCAGAGAAAAGCCGUCAGUCCCUCCUGUCUCCCUGGUCUCCAGCUGCGCUCCGAGCUGCCCCUACCUGUGACCGAGUGUCUCUGUCUCUGGCGCACAGCCCGGCCUGGAGUCUCCAAACCCAGCAGAUUCCUGUCACUCUGCUCUUCCAGCAGAGGAAGAUCCCUCGUGAGGACGAAAUCUAGAGGUGGAGGCGAAGGCAGAAAUGGCCGGUUCUCAGGGACAGCUCACAUUCAGGGAUGUGGCCAUAGAAUUCUCCCUGGAGGAGUGGGGAUGCCUGACCCACACUCAGCGGCAACUGUACAGGGAUGUGAUGUUGGAGAACUAUGGACACCUCUGCUUCCUGGGUCUCCUUCUGUCAAAGCCAGACCUGAUCAUGUUUUUGGAGCAGUUCUGGGAUGCAAAGAGAAAGGAGACUGUAGGCUUCCAUCCAGCUGUAUCUUCACAUGACACCCAGAGUUUCCUGCUAAAGCAGAGCAUAGAAGAUUCUUUCCAGACAGUAUCAGUGCACAGAUACAAACAUAGUGCUGUUGAGACUUUGCACUUAUGUACAGACUGGGACAGUGAUGGGGAUUGUGAUGGGCAUCAAAGAAAUCCUGGACGAUACACCCAAACCAAAGCCAUGGUCCUUAAUGAGAAUCUCCGUGUCCCAAAUGGUGAUGGAUAUAAAUUGCUGUGGAAAACCUCCCUCUUUAAGUCAACUGUUUCUGCAGAGCAGUGUGUUUCUGUCAGCAUAAGCUCCAAUCAAAUAUUCAAACAUAGCUACUUGAGGACAGAACAUUUGCAACAUCUGGUAAGUAACCUAGACCAUGCUGAGAAUAAUGAUUUGACCCAUUUGAAAGAUAGGAUUGGCCUCACUUUUCAAUCAGUUAUUUCUGAUCAUCAGAGAUUUAGAAAUGAAGAACAAAGUGCUCCAUGGGAUCCAUACGAGAGGAGCUUCACUGAGGAGUCGACCCUCCAGAAUGAGAAGAGGUUUUCCACUGAAGACAGAAUAGCUCAGUGCACUGAAUUUGCGAAAACAUUGAACCAGGGCUCCAGUGUUCAGAAAUGUAUCAGGGCUAGGUUUGCAGAGAACCAUUAUGAAUGUGAUAAACGUGGGGAAGGCUUUAAUCCAGCCUCUAACCUCAGUAUACAUAAUGGUCACCGUUUGGGAGACAGUCCUCAUAAAUACAAUGAAUGUGGGAAAGCUCAUAACCAGUCCUCCAAUGUUGCUGAUCAUCAGAGAAUACAUGAGGGAAAAAGGCUAUUCCGAUCUAAUAAAGCAGGGACCAUGUUUAGCCAGUUAUCAAGCCUAAAUAUACAUAACAUAGUUCCAAGGGGAAAGGAAGCUUACAGUUUGAAGGAAUGUGGUAAAUCCUUUGACUGCCCCUCAACACUAUCUCAACAUCAGCAAAUGCAUACUGGGGAAAAAAUACACAAAUGUGAAGAAGGUGGUAAAACCUUUAAGGAAUGUCCAUCAGUAAAUGGACAUGGACAAACCUAUACUGGAGAGGAACGAUACCAAUGUCAAGAAUGUGGCAAGACCUUUAACCGCACUUCACAGCUUAUUCAACAUCACAAAAUUCAUACUGGAGAGAAACCUUACCAAUGUGAAAAAUGUGGCAAGAGCUUUAUACAGAGCUCAGCCCUUAUUCGACAUCACAGAAUUCAUACUGGAGAGAAGCCUUACCAAUGUCAAGAAUGUGGCAAGGCCUUUACCUGCCCUUCACAACUUACUCAACAUCGCAGAAUUCAUACUGGAGAGAAGCCUUACCAAUGUCAAGAAUGUGGCAAGGCCUUUACCUGCCCUUCACAACUUACUCAACAUCGCAGAAUUCAUACUGGAGAGAAACCUUACCAAUGUAAAGAAUGUGGCAAGGCCUUUAAUGACAGCUCAACCCUUUUUGAACAUCACAUAAUUCAUACUGGAAAUAAACCUUACCAAUGUCAAGAGUGUGGCAAGGCAUUUGUUUACAGCUCAAGGCUUACACAACAUAACAGAAUUCAUACUGGACAGAAACCUUACCAAUGUCAAGACUGUGGCAAGGCCUUUUACCAGAGCUCACAUCUUAGCGAACAUCACAGGAUUCAUACUGGAGAGAGACCUUACCAAUGUCAAGAAUGUGGUAAGGGCUUUAACAACAGCUCAGCCCUUACUAAGCAUUACAGAACUCAUACUGGAGAGAAACCUUACCAAUGUCAUGAAUGUGGCAAGGCUUUUAACCACAACUCAAGCCUUACUCAACAUCGCAGAAUUCAUACUGGAGAGAAACCCUACCAAUGUCAAGAAUGUGGCAAGGCCUUUUCCCGGAGCUCAAGUCUUAGUGAACAUCACAGAAUUCAUACUGGAGAGAAACCUUACCAAUGUCAAGAAUGUGGUAAGGCCUUUAACGACCGCUCAACCCUUAUUCAGCAUUACAGUAUUCAUACUGGAGAGAAACCUUUCCAGUGUCAAGAAUGUGGCAAGAGGUUUAACGUGAGCUCAGUGCUUACUCGACAUCACAGAAUUCAUACUGGAGAGAAACCUUACCAAUGUAAAGAAUGUGGGAAGGCCUUUAAGCAGAGGUCAAGUCUUACUGAACAUCACAGAAUUCAUACUGGAGAGAAACCUUAUCAAUGUCAACAGUGUGGCAAGGCUUUUAAGCACAGCUCAACCCUUAUUCAGCAUCGCAGAAUUCAUACUGGAGAGAAACCUUACCAAUGUCAAGACUGUGGCAAAGCCUUUAAGUGGUCUUCACUCUUUAAUCAACAUCGCAGAAUUCAUACUGGAGAGAAAACUUAAUGAAAGUCAAGAAUGUGGCAUAGCCUUUUUGUGGCCCUCAGACCUUCCUUGAUCAGAAUUCAUGCUGGAGAGAAACUACAAACACUAAGAAUGUGGCAAGGCUUUAAAGGGACUCAAUCCUCACUAAACAUAAGAAAAUUCAUACUAGAUAGAUAGCUUACCAGUGUACAGAAUGUGAGAAAGGGGGCACCUGGGUGGCUCAGUUGGAUAGGUGGCUGCCUUAGACCGUGUUCCUGAUCCCAGGUUCAAGUGCUGCAAGAAGCCUACUUCUCCCUUUCCAUCUGCCUAUCCCUCCUCCCUACUUGUGCUCUCUCUCCAUCUCUGUCAAAUAAAUACAAUCUUUAAAAAAGAAGAAAGAAUGUGAGAAAAAUCAGUUAAGGAGUGCUUACCCAUUCAUGCACAUCAGAGAAUUCAUUUUGGACAAUAACCUUGCAAAUAUUAUGUGACA